AUGGAGAAAUCGCGCUUGACGACUAUCGAGCGUAGAAGUGAGAUAGAGAGACGAGGGAAGAACUACAUGACUAUAUACUAUAGCGUACAAAGGGAAGAGACAGGAGAUAGGGGAGAGAUAGGGAGAUCACGUGCAUCCCCCAAUAGACCACCCAUCUUUCUUCUCGACUUCCAUCAUCGUGCCAGAACAGAACAAACAUACGCCGCGCAAAUGGUAUCACUCACUCUGCUCUGCAAACUCACCACCCAAAGACAACUCGUCGUCCAAGAUCACCCAGAGAUCUCCGUUGUAUCCCUCGAGUUCUUCCAAACCGUCACCCCCGCUGUGCCGGACGCAAUGUUGAACGCCGUCUUGGAAAGGUUAAAGGAGCAUGGCUCUAUUACGAAUAACGGGCGAAUGUGGGGGCUUGAGGAUCCCAAGCAGAGUGGCCGUCCAGAGAACGACACCUUUACUCACGUGCAUGAAUUCACUGAGGCGAUUAUUCGCGCCGGCGAGGGCUACACAGGCCAAGAAUCAUGUAUGACGAUGGGCCACAGUCCAAACUCGACUCUCUCGAAGGCUCUCCAGAACCAACGCCGUGGCUAUGAAACCCUUUUCUCUCCGAUCAUCGCCAUUGACAAGGAGCGCCGUAACGCAUUGGCCAACGAAGACCUGAGAUUCAUUUCUUCGACAUCUCCUCCCUUCCAUAACAUGGGCGAACUGGCACUUCGCCUGCGGGACAUGCUCACAGUUUCUUAUAGUAUAGCAGAGGCGACGCUCCCCAUCAAGUCCGACUGCCAGCCGUUCCGUCCCGCGUUCGACACAACGGCAGUACUGCUUAGGCACAUGAAGAUGUUCCUCAAGAAAGAUGGAAUCGCGGGUGUUACCAGUGUCUACGAACUACUCUAUCCUCAGAAGCGCAAGGCGAAAGAAGCUGGAGACAUCCAAGAGGAGGCACCGCCGAUGAAGAAAUAA